UCGUUGAGUGGCUAUGCAGGGGCUGUGACGUUGCACAAAGCCUCUCUCUCACUCCUUUCUUGCUGCAUCACAACCGCCGCUAGUAGCUCCCUGGCUAUUUGCACUGACCGGGGGACAGGAUAAUCGCAUAGCUAAUUAGCAUAAUAAUAACUCUAAAGAUAACACUAGCUAACAUCACCACAACAGGAGUAAUCUACGGAAACGAUUUACAUUGAGCUAUCCCCUUGGAACCGCUGGGUCAUGGCCAGACAAGAUCAGGUCCUGCUCUUGGAGCCACAGCACGAACUGAAAUUCCGAGGUCCCUUCUCGGAUGUGGUCAACACCACCCUAAAGCUCGCCAACCCUACAGACAGGAAUGUGUGCUUCAAAGUCAAGACGACGGCCCCGCGCCGUUACUGCGUCCGGCCGAACAGCGGCGUCCUCGACGCCGGCACCUCAAUCAACGUCUCAGUGAUGCUGCAGCCUUUCGACUACGACCCCAACGAGAAAAGCAAACACAAGUUCAUGGUGCAGUCCAUGCUGGCCCCACCCGAAAUGACAGACAUGGAGGGAGUGUGGAAGGAGGCAAAGCCAGAAGAGCUGAUGGACUCCAAACUGAGGUGUGUCUUUGAGCUGCCGGCGGAGAACGAGAAAACGCACCAAGACCCGGAUGCCAACAAGAUGAUGUCGUCCAACCUGCUCAAGUCAGAGUCCUCCACACUGUCCAUGAAGUCCAUGAGCUCCACCCUGGACGACGGCGAGGUCAAGAAGGUCAUGGAGGAGUGUAAGAGGUUGCAGACGGAGGCACAGCGGCUACGGGAAGAGAACAAGCAGAUCAGGGAAGACGAUGGCCUGCGGAUGAGGAAGAGCAAUGUGUUGUCCUCCUCCCAGCACUCCUCCCACUCCAUGGUGAAGGAGGAGGGGCUGAGCCUGCGCACAGUGGCCCUCAUCGUGCUCUUCUUCGUGGUCGGAGUCAUCAUCGGCAAGUUGGUCUUGUAAGAGCAAGCGGCGAGCGAGAGACGGCCAACCGCAUGCUUUCGGGGGAUUGAAACAAACGGAUUUGGGAUUUUUUUUAUUCAGAAAUGCCAUAUCAAUGGGGUAGUUUUGAAUCGUUCCUUUAUGUACAAAUAAAAAAAGAUACAAAUCAAAAUUCCAUGUUAUGAACAAACCAACAAGAGAAAAAACAACAACAACUUGUUACAAGAUCUCUUUAAUCAUAACAUAAUCAUUCUGGCCUAUGCCACAGAUACAGUAGGAGGGAGUAAAAUGCAGAUCUUUGAUAGUCAUUGAAGUGAAGGAUUUUCUAAACACCGGGGGGGGGGGGGGGGCUUGCGAUUGAGUCAGUUUGCGUUGUGUGAAUGAAUGUUUUCACGGAUUGUCAUUUAUUUUCACAAGUGGCCACAGGCCGUAGGCAUACUCUGUGUAGUGAAUCCAUAGUACCCUGGAUUAAAGUAAUACCAGGUGGGCAGCACUCUUUUUGUCUCACCUCCUUUACAACAUGAUUGACAGAGAGGCUUCAGGAAGUAGAUGGGAUUAUGCACAGGGCUACUGUCAACCAAACUGACUCUUCCAAUCAAAGGCUUUGUAUAGACCGUCUCCUCUGUGAUUGGGGAACAUCCUUAAUCGACACAACAACCCCCUCCUCCGUCUCCCCAUUCUCUGUUUUUCCAAGCUAGAACAUUUCCCCCCUUUUGAUCAUAAAUACCUGAGUUGGCAGUAUAUUCUUGAUUGCAUGCGUCCACUAAAGAGCGUUGCAUUUUUUGGGACAUUUUAAAUUUAAUUGAAUUGCUUUCAUCAUUGUGAUGUUUCUUUUCAGCCUUAGAUUUUCUCAACUCAACCGUCAGAUUUUUUUUCCCCCUUUUCAUUUCUUUUUCUUUUCUUUUCUUUUUUGUGAUAACGUUUUAUUUUGUUUUUAGGGUUUGAGGUAUUAUUAAAAAAUGUAUGCAGCUAAAUGAACUCCGGAUGGGUUGGGACUGAGUCACUGAAUAGCCUACUUACUUUGUGACUGUUAUUAGCACGUUAUUCUGGAAGGAAAGAAGGGAGAGAGGGAAUGAGGAAAGGUACUUGUAGAAGUGAGUUUUGUUGAGAUUUUGUCGGUUUUCUUUUUUCUUCUCCAAGCUGUACAUUUGUUGAUCUGUCAGGCAGAACUGUCAUUUAAAUGGUUUAUGCUGUCCGUUCACCAUGCUGUGACUGUCACGUAACUCUUAAAGAACAUUUCUCCAACUGUAUGGUCAUUGGCUUCAUGCACCCCACUACGGUCAGCAUCGAUAGUUUUGGAUCUUUGUCUGUUUGUUUCACCGUUAUAGUUAUCACUGCACUCAUGUUCAUUUUAAUGCACUAUAUUCUCAAGAAUGUUUUUUUCCCAGUAUCUAUCAAUGUAACUGUUUUGUUAGUUGACGUGUCUCUGCAUUUAACUCACGAGAAAACUAAAACAUACUAAACUAUAUCCUGAAGGGACCAUUCUG